AUGUCUAAUAACAAUUUAAUAAAUUUAUAUAAUAUUGUAUUGUCUUCUGAAGUAGUAGAUAUGAUAAAUGAAAAUGCCAGUAACAUUGUGAAUGACAAUUCUGAAAACAUGAUGAAUGACAACACAAGCAACAUGGAUUCUGAGCCUGAGAGCAAUGUUUUUGAGAUUCAUGAAGAUAAUUAUAUAAUUUUAUUGUGUUGUAUAAGAAAUUGUAAACCUAACUAUCAUUCCGGUGGUGUCAUCUUCAUCAAAUUUUUCAAUGAGGUGCUGGCACAUUUUGGUCAAUCAUUCCAUCUGCCAUUGAGUCUGCCCAGCUUGUAUUCUAUGACAGGGUUCAAUACAUUUACAGAAGAUAUACAACACUUUGUGGCAUGUGGUGAAUGCCAUAAGAUACUUUCUGAGUCUGAGCCUGUUCCACAGUGUUGCAAUUUUAGAAAACUAUCUUGA